AUGAGCGCGACGCCGACGCCGACGGACGCGUCGACGGCGUCGACGCCGGCGGGGGCGGGGUACUCGUCUAAAAUUUUGGGAUUGAAAUUCAUGCAGCGCGCGCGAGAGCGCGAGCGAGCGGUGGAGACGAUCGCGGGAGCGAAUAAAAAGAUCGCGGACGAUCGACCCGAACCCGCGGUGUUCGCGAAGAAUCGAGCGAAGAUCAAUCUACCGAUGAUUCGCAGGGAGGAGAGGACGGAGGUGCCGAUACCGUGCGACGGCGUCGGCCGGUUUUCAUUCGGAGGCGCGAAUCCAGAGGUGGAGGCUUUACACAAAGAGUUGAGAGAGCGUAAACGAGCGAAGAAGGCGAUGAAGCGGGCGAAGAGAAGUAAGGAUGCGGACGUGGGCGAAGAGGAGAUGGCGGACGCCUCGUUUGCGGCGAAGCGGAAGCAAAAAGCGCCGGAGCCGGGUUUCGAGAAGCCUCCAGAGCUCGGAAGCGGGAAGAAGCGCAAGAAGUGA